UGCAUUUGUGCUCGGACGUCACUUCCGCCACCCUCUCUCGCUUCCAUCUUGCUCUCCGCGUGUGUUCGCUGCUAGCGUGCAGGUCAGUGAGGAGCCCUAAAAUACUAUCUUUCCUGCACAGGCACUUCCAGCUCCGAGACACGAGAUGAAAGAAACGAUAAUGAAUCAGGAGAAACUCGCCAAACUGCAGGCACAAGUCCGCAUCGGCGGAAAGGGAACAGCCCGCAGAAAGAAGAAGGUUGUCCACAGAACAGCCACUGCUGAUGACAAGAAACUCCAGUUCUCUCUCAAGAAAUUGGGAGUUAACAACAUCUCUGGCAUUGAGGAGGUGAACAUGUUCACAAGUCAGGGGACAGUAAUCCACUUCAACAACCCCAAAGUGCAGGCCUCCCUGGCAGCCAACACCUUCACCAUCACCGGCCACGCUGAGACCAAGCAGCUGACAGAGAUGCUGCCCAGCAUCCUCAACCAGCUUGGAGCCGACAGCCUAACCAGCCUGAGGAAACUCGCCGAGAACCUGCCCAAACAAGCUGGGGAUGGUAAGGCACCAAUCGCUGGAGGAGAGGAAGAUGAUGACGACGUUCCAGAUCUCGUGGAGAAUUUCGACGAGGCGUCGAAGGACGAGGCUAACUAAAAGGGGAGUAGAAGGACACGCCACACAGAACCUCUGCUCUCGACUAGCUGAAAUGGGACGAUGUUAUUGUUCUUUUUUUUUUUUUUUUUUUAUUCCC